GGCGGGGUGGAUGUGGUCGGGCCUGCAGGAAGAACUGGAAGGGACUGCGUGCUUUUUCCUUACAUAAGAAAGGCGUCGCAGACACUGCUGUCAGGAUCUGUGGGCUGAGUUGUGAGCUCCUCUCGGGCAGCAGGGAAGGAGACGGGGCCAAAGGCUGUUCCAUGUUAAGGAGCUCCGCCUAUGGAAGGGAGCAGCAGACACCUCAGAGUGGAAGGAAUACCCAUUUGCAGAGGAUUCAAAGCAGGAUACAAAAUAGGGUUCAGACUAGGAGUCACAAAGGGUUGUCAGGGUUCCAAACACCGUCUCGACAGGGCCUGUAGCGUUCCACAGAAGACAUGCCAACUGCAGAUAUGUUUCUCAUUUGAAAAAAAUGAAAGAUAGCCUAAGAAAAGGGUUUCUUACUGCCGCCAUAAGAGCUCCUAUGUAUAUAUUUUGGAGAACAAAGAGACUAUAAAAAGUGGCUAAACUGGGUAGAAAACCAAUUUCCAGGAGAAACAAAACGUUUGGAGGUCAUCUACAAUGUCUAGAGUGUUCUUUGACAAAGUAAAUAUAUUCAGGGAAAUAGUAUUUUUACUAGGCUGGUUCUUUUAAGGCUUUGUUUCCUAUUAGGAGAGACUAUAAACAUGGAAAGUUAUGUAAUCAUGAGGAACAUAAAUGGUGCUUACAAAAUUUGAGGGUGUCAUAAGAAUAUAUUUGGAAUGGAUAGAGCAAGUGAAUGGCUGAAAUCUGCUCUAGCAGGUUGGUGUCAUGUGGGAAAAGCAAACUUCUUCCUGUAUGUAAGAAAGGUGUUGAACAUUGCUCUAAAAUCUUCAUUGCCACUGGUCUUUUACAGAGAUCUGAUUUUUCUGCAAUAUGGAACAAGUAUCUGUAUUUUUAUGUGAUCCUCCCAUUGGUUUUAAUGUGAUAGGUGUUCAGUUGAGUUAACAUGCACCCUCUGUGUGCCAGGUACAAUUUGUUAGUGGUCUGUGCAGAUUUAUCACCUAAGUUUGUAUUCAGAAUAAUUUGGUGAAGAAAAGAUUCUCCAAAGCCAGGAUCAUCAGGAGAGGGUUUAAGAGGGGAAUUUAAGCAGAAGAAAAAUGUUGUAGAAGAGGGAAGAUGUGGCCUGUGGGUCAAAUCUGGAAGUUGGGAAAGCAGCAGGUUUGGAAAACAGAGACUCCUAGGAGUCUGAGAGGAGAGUGUGAGAAGGUUGUGCAGCAGACACAGACUAUCAGACUUUUUUCCUAGGGCAUCAGGGUCACACAGAAGGCUUAGGACACAAGCAGUUGUGCUCCACUCCCACAGUCUCUGAUUCAGAACCCUUGGAGUGGGCCUGAGAUUUUCCCUCUUGUCAGGUACUCCUGGUCUGGUUUGGGGAAUUGCUGUCAUAGGAUGUGAAGGAAUUUGAACAAAAAAGUUCCAAGGUGGAUCUUGCUGAGCAUCCAAGGGCUUUGGAGAAGGGGUGGAGAAAAGAGCAGUGUUCCUCGGUGCUUGGCGCCAGGUCCUGCCUGUGUGCACAGCCAUUCACACUUACUGUCUCCCUUGCCUGUGGGCCUGUUUACAUUUGCACAGGAAGAACCUGAGACGUAAGAUAGCUCAGUUCCUUGUGCAAGUCUCACUAGCACUGCACAUUUUGACCAGAACAGAGCAAUGAAUAACAUUUAACGGUGAAAGGCUCCCAGCACAAAUUGACCUCACAGUAGAAAUUUGGACAUGUGACUCUUCUGAAAAUAGUGAAAGGUAACCUCAGAGAAGCCCUCCCCAGGCAGUGAAUGUGUUGUGUGUUUCUCUCACUUAUCAGUGACUGGCUUAACUACUCUGCAAAACCAUUUAAAACCAUUUGAAAGGGUGAGGAGAAGCUUCCAGCAGGGGUGAUGAUGAUAAGCACAUCAGUGGCUUCUGACAGCUUAGCUCCCAAAUCAAAGUCAGUUACACGCGGGGAAUUGUGCUACAUCAUAGACACUGGUCUACUGUAUUGAGUUCGAAAUGCCUCUUCUUGUCAUGGUAAUUACUGAAAUUAAGAAUAUUCACUUGAUUAGUUCCAAGACAAAUGUCCCAAGUCAGACCCUGCUGUUGAGCAAACUCCUAAUGCAGAAAAAUGGGCCAUUCAUAAAUCACACUAAGUCAGAAAGGAUCCAGUUACAGACAAAAUGACUAUUCCCACGCUGCUGCUUUCUCCUUACCGGCGUUUACUAACCCGCCUCUCGAGAGUGCCUUCCCCACAGCUCCUUCAUUCAAGUCUUCCUACACCGCACCCCCCAGAUGCUCUGCCGAACUCUUUUGGACACCAUUGUAGUAAGAGGGUGCUACUGUCUGACGGCUUCAGGAGAACAUUAUGUAUCCGGGCAACCUUGAAGGACCACACAGAAGGACUUUCUGAUAAAGAACAAAGAUUUGUGGAUAGACUUUAUAUGGGUUUAGUUCAAGGGCAGAGAGCUUGCCUAGCAGAGGCCAUAACUCUCGUGGAAUCGACUCACACCAGGAAGAAGGAGCUGGCUCAGGUGCUUCUCCAGAGAGUCUUAGCCCACCAGCGGGAACGGGAGCUGCAGAACCAAGGAAAGCCCUUCACAUUUCGAGUAGGAUUGUCUGGACCGCCUGGUGCAGGAAAAUCAACCUUCAUAGAAUGCUUUGGGAAAAUGCUGACUGAGCAAGGGCACAGAUUAUCUGUGCUAGCUGUGGACCCGUCUUCCUGCACCAGUGGUGGGUCCCUCUUGGGUGAUAAAACGCGGAUGACUGAACUGUCAAGAGACAUGAAUGCAUACAUCAGGCCAUCUCCUACCAGUGGGACUCUAGGAGGGGUGACAAGGACCACAAAUGAAGCCAUUGUGCUGUGUGAAGGAGGAGGCUAUGACAUCAUUCUUAUUGAAACUGUAGGUGUGGGGCAGUCGGAGUUUGCUGUUGCUGACAUGGUCGAUAUGUUUGUUUUAUUGCUGCCGCCGGCAGGAGGGGAUGAACUGCAGGGCAUCAAACGGGGCAUAAUUGAGAUGGCAGAUUUGGUUGUUGUAACUAAAUCUGAUGGGGACCUGGUCGUGCCAGCCCGAAGGAUCCAAGCAGAGUAUGUGAGCGCACUCAAGUUGCUCCGCAGGCGCUCUGAAGUCUGGAGGCCAAAGGUGAUUCGCAUUUCUGCCAGAAGUGGAGAGGGCAUUACUGAGAUGUGGGACAUAAUGAGGGAGUUUCAGCACCGAAUGCUGGCCAGUGGGGAGCUGGCCACCAAGAGACAGACACAGCACAAAGUCUGGAUGUGGAAUCUCAUUCAGGAAAACGUCUUAGAACACUUCAAGACCCAUCCCAGCAUCCGAGAACAGAUUCCUCUGAUGGAGCGAGAGGUUCUCAGUGGAGCCCUCUCCCCAGGACGAGCAGCAGACUUAUUGUUGAAAGCUUUUAAAAGCAGGCACUAAUAAAUUUAUUCUGUGUGGUCACUUU